UCACUAAAGAUCAGUACUGCUACCCACACUCCCAGAGAAAGGACUACAACUCAGGUUCUUCUGUCACAUCCUUGAGCAGACAUCAUCAUGUUGGUCCUCCUGGGCGGUAUCUUCGUGGUGCACAUCGCCACAACUGUUAUGCUGUUUGUCUCUACCAUCUCUAAUGUAUGGCUACAGUUUACAGGUCCAGACGGUAGACCAGCUGGAUCAGAGGCAUCCCGAGGAAUAUGGAAGACGUGUACCUUGGAAGCCACAUGUACAAGUGUAUUUCCUGUAAUUUUAGGAAAUGAGGCGUCUAUGCGAGCGGUGGAAGCCUUCAUGAUCCUGGCAAUAAUUUUCUGCUGCAUGGCGCUGUUUGCCUUCAUUGGGCAGCUCUUCACACUGGAUAAGGGCUGUCGCUUCUACAUCACCGGCGGCUUAAUGCUGUUCUGCUGGGUGUGUAUACUCAUCGCAGUCUCCAUUUACACGGCCAGAUUCGGCAAGAUUUCAGACAGUACCACUUACCACGGGUACUGCUUUAUCCUGGCCUGGAUCUGCUUCUGCCUCAGUUUCCUGGUGGGAAUCCUCUACCUAGUAUUGCGGAAAAAGUAAACCUACCCCGUCCCUUCAACCUGGGAACCCUGUACCCCAUACUGACCCCUAAACCUCACAGACACACAGCGCUAAAGGGUCCUCAGUCAUAAGGCCAGCCUGCUCUGUGUGCAAUGCCAUAAUGUGUGCGGUUUUUAUUGUCUAUUAAAGUAACCAAAGUCAACAGCACACAAACCUUUAUAUGAUCUGAAACUUUUCUUCCCAAAAUACUAACUGAAUUCAGAAUGGCUUCUCCCUGUCAUCUGUAACCAGCAUAUCACUUAGUCUGAAUAUUGUGUUACAGUUAAAUCCUUCCAAGUGACACAAAAUUAUUUCCUUGUUAGUUGUAAUAGAGGAAACUGUAUGAAUUCUAUUUUAUUUAUUUCAUAUAUAGCAUAUGGUAUUGUAGGUGUAAUAUGGAUUUAUUAGAUGGUGUUGUAGGGACACCUUGUGGACUUUUCUUGGUACUGCAUGUGGUCUUCAGAUUUAAAGAGACAUACAAUACACUGUAACUGUUUCAAUGCCAGAGAAUCAAGAUUUUUUUUUUAAGUAAAUGGUUUGCAAAUUUCAGAUACAUUUUUUUCUGUAUAAUACCCCCUUAAUGUAAAAAAAUAUUAAUAAAUAAAAAAAAUGUAUACUGACAAUAUUAAUUUGUUCAGUCACUGAUACAAGUUCCUUAUAAUAAAUCUAUGCUUCAUGCUUAUUUAGCCUUGGACAAUGCCAUACCCUGUAAUACAAUAAAGCUUUCUAGUGGGUAGAUGAAGAAAGGCUUGUGCUGAUCCAUGGGCAGCAGAGUCCAGACCUAUUAGGGAUCAAGAUCAAUACAUCUCAGCUGUAUAAUUAUAGGUUACACAAAAUCUCACUGCAGAUAAAGUUCCCUGUAAGGUGGGAUCACUGCUCAGUAUAUAAGGUCUAGUGCAUGGCUGUCUAACUCCCUAAGUCAGUAACUGUCCAACUCACUACGUCAGUAGCUUCCUAACUCAAUAACUGUCAAGCUCCCUAAGUCAGUAACUGUCCAACUCACUACGUCAGUAGCUUCCUAACUCAAUAACUGUCCAACUCCCUAAGUCAGUAACUGUCCAACUCACUACGUCAGUAGUUGUCCAACUCACUACGUCAGUAACUGCCCAACUCCCUAAGUCAGUAGCUGCCCAACUCCCUAACUCAAUAACUGUCAAUCUCCCUAAGUCAAUAACUGUCCAACUCCCUAAGUCAGUAACUGUCCAACUCCCUAUGUCAGUAGCUGUCCAACUCCCUAACUCAAUAACUGUCAAGCUCCCUAAAUCAAUAACUGUAAAAACUCCCUAAGUCAGUAGCUUCCUAACUCAAUAAUUGUCCAACUCCCUAACUCAGUAGCUGUCCCACUCCCUAACUCAUUAGCUACCCUCUCUGAAUGUUAUAUAGCUCCUUUACCAGCUAGAGAAAUACACAGUAUAUUACACAUAGCUGCAUUGCUUCCAUGAUACAUAGGCCACUGGUGCUAAAAUAGAAUUGGAUAUUUCAUAUACUAUUUAGCUAUUUGUUUUGUUUAUUUAAAUUUAAAGGUUGAACUUGAUGGACUUUUUCAACAUAUAUUAUUAUAUUAUUGUUAGAUGUAUAAUAUAAUGUAACAAAUUAGUGAUACUGUGUAAAAACAAUUAAGUCCCUCAUAAGACAAACACCAUGAAUGUUUCUGUAUCAUCUGAAAGGCUGGCGGGAAUCCUUAGACCUUCCCCCUUCACUUAGGAUGCUGAAUGGAUGAUGAGUGAGUUACAGGACCCAAUUGCAAUUGUUUUGUAUGUGCCUGAUCAGUAUUAUCUAACAUCUUAUGUUUCUUAUGGUACAUACAAGGCCUUAGAACACAAUUCCUUCCCAGAAGAGGGAUCCUACAUGGUGAACAGUGUCCUGAAAGACCUGAAACCAAUAAUCAUUCCUGCAGACCCUUCCCCAUAUCCCAGGACAAGUCGAGUCUAGGGUUUAGGGUAUCUGAAUAUGACUGUAAGAACCAAAUAGAACUCCAUUUCAGCAAUCACCACAUGCUAAGUAUUCUUCCCUAACUUACCCCAGCGGCCAAGGUCAUUAUUUCUGUUAUAUUACAACUAAUGUUCAUUUUAUAUGAUGAGGGAUUUUUUGUUUUUAUAUAGAAUGGAAUAACACAUAUUGUAUGCACUAAUUGUAAAUAUUUUGAUACAAUAUUAUAUGUCUCUUGGAACUAAAAUACAUUUAUGCUUCUAAA